AAGAUGUGUAGUUUGUACAUCUGCUGCUGUGUGUGAGUGUGCACUGAAAGGAACCUCCACUCCACUGCUCUUCACAGCGACUGGACACAGUGAGGUGAGGGGGAGUGGUUUCAAUUCAGUUAGCGAGUUUAAACCACUUUAGCGAGAGGUCGGGGUCUUGAUGAAAGGAGAGCACAUGCAGUGUGCCACCAGUAACCUAAGGACACACUACCUCUCAUUCCUGAUGGGUUUUCCUCCUCCUACUACUGAGAGGUAAUAAAAGGAAUCUGCAGGAGCUCAAAAGAACUUUUCACACUUGGAUGCUGUUGCGGGAAAGACUUCCAAUCUCUGGGAGAAGAUUAAAGAAGACCUAAAAACUCAAGAAGCCACAACUGCACUAAGGUUAUUUUGAGGUAAACAGUCCGGCGAUGAAGAUGCUGAAAAUGGACCUACUGGUGUUAAGCUUCUGCCUGGGUCUGGGGACAGGAUACAGUGCUGUUGCAAAGAGGCAGUAUCAGAUCCAGAACGGCCCAUGCAGCUACACUUUUCUCCUGCCAGAGCAGGAAAACUGCCAGAGCCAGAACAACUUCAACUACCCAGUUCAGAGGGAUGGACCCGAGGACAACAGCGAGUCGACGCAGAGGCUCGAGCAACUGGAGAUCACCAUGGAGAACAACACACAGUGGCUGCUUAAGCUUGAGAGCUACAUACAGGACAGCAUGAAGCAGGACAUGGUCCAACUCCACCAGACUACUGUACACAACCACACGGCCACGAUGAUUGAAAUCGGGACAAACCUGCUGACUCAAACUGCUGAGCAAACAAGGAAACUCACCAACGUGGAGGCACAGGUAAUUCACCACACAACUCGACUUGAGCGUCAGCUCCUUGAAAAUUCCUUGUCAACCAACAAGUUGGAAAAGCAACUAAUCGUUCAAACGAAUGAAAUCAGCAAACUGAACGACAAAAACAGUUUUCUGGAGAAGAAAGUGCAGGCGAUUGAGGACCAGAGGCAAGUGGAGCUGAAGGCAUCGCGAGAAGAAAAGGAGCAGCUCCAGACUCUCAUACUGAGGCAGACGGCCAUUAUAGGCGAGCUGGAGCAGCAGCUGCUCAAAGUGUCCUCCAACAACACCGUCUUACAGCUUCAGCAGCAGGAGCUCCUGGACACCGUGAACAACCUAAUUUACACCAUCUCUGCCGGCUCUGUUCGCGAUACUAAACCCGUCAUGAUGCAGGACACUCCUACAACGUUCUCGGACUGUGCUGCCGUGUACAAGUCAGGAAACACCAACAGUGGCGUCUACACUCUCACGUUACCCGACAUUAAGAUGGAGGUUAAGGCUUUCUGCGACAUGGAGACGGAAGGAGGCGGCUGGACAGUGCUACAAAAACGCCUUGACGGGCAUGUUGACUUUCACCGUACGUGGCAAGAGUACAAAAAGGGUUUUGGAGACGCUUCAGGUGAAUUCUGGCUGGGAAAUGAGUUUGUCUCCAAAAUGACAAGUAAAAAGUCCUAUAAGCUCAGGAUCCAGCUGAAUGACUGGGAAGGAAACUCUGGAUUCUCACAAUACGAUGAGUUUUCGCUCGACGGCGAAGCGCAAAAUUACAAGAUACACCUUAAAGGCUACAGUGGAACGGCAGGCAAAAUAAGCAGCAUUGGGCAGCCAGGAAGUGAAUUCAGUACAAAGGAUGCAGACAACGACAAAUGCGUUUGCAAAUGUUCACAACUGACCACAGGGGGAUGGUGGUUUGAUGCCUGCGGUCCGUCCAAUUUGAACGGCAUGUAUUACCAACAAGGCCAGAACUCCAAUCGCUUCAAUGGAAUCAAAUGGUACUACUGGAAAGGCUCAGGCUACUCACUGAAGUCCACAACGAUGAUGAUCAGACCCGCAGACUUCUCAGGUUCCCUUUGAACUAUCACUCUCAGAUUAAACAAAGCGGGGAGGGAAUUCUCUCCUGACGCAGAGCAACAAACAACAAAACCAAAAAAAUAAAAAAUAAAAAAUAAAAAUUCUCAAGGGAGCCAAAGUAAAUCAUGGAUCUAUUUGUAUGUAACUUUCUGCAUAUUUAUGUGUUUUAUAGUUUGAAUCAAAUGGGUUGUUGGAGAAAAUUGUGAAAUAACAAAGACAAAUAUUUGCAUUGAAAAUACUUCUGUUACAGACUUAGAUAAUGAGUAAAAUGUGACAUUUAUUAAAUUUAGUUUCUUUAAUGCUUUUAUAGUUUAAGUUUUAUAGUUUAAGCAUCCAUUUAACUAUGUUUAAAAAAAAAAGUGGCUGCUGAUGUCAUUGUACAAAAGAGACUAUGGUACAAUAAACAGAUAAACAACAUCGUUAUAUGUUGUGGAAAAUAUGUAAAAAUAUCCACAAGAAAUGUUUCUCUAAAGAUUUUGCUCCAGAGAAUGUAAAUGUACAUGUGUCGUUUAAUUUAUAUGUAGAAUUUAUGAUUGAUAUUUAAAUGUAUCAUAUAUGAAGGAGAUGUGCUACAAAUUGUGAGCGCUAGUCUCUAGCUAGUUUUAAUUUCAUUGCACUUAAACGAAGAAAAGUUCUUUUAAUAUAUUUCCCUCCGUCUUGCUCGUUGAUCACGUUGAACGUCCUGCACUCUUAAAGGCUUAUUUUACAUGUAUGUGAUCUUUCUGUUGAAGUGUCAGCAAGGAUUUGUAAGAAAGUUAGAUACGUGAUAUUGUAUAAUUAACCGCAACCACAUGUCAGAGCCUAAAAUCUUAUAAACAGAAAAACAACCUGGCAGAUGCACAAGUGUCAGAUUUCCACAAUUUAUGCAUUUCUUUUUUUAAAUCUUUUUUGUGUCGUUUCAUCUACACAGUACUUAAUAAAUUUCAAACGCUCUAAA